CAUCUUUGGGGUCAUUUUUCUGUCUCCCACAUAGGAUUAGGAUGAGGACAUCUUUGGGGUCAUUAUUCUGUCUCCCACAUGGGAUUAGGAUGAGGACAUCUUUGGGGCCAUUACUCUGUCUCCCUCAUGGGGAUUAGGGUGUGGACAUCUUUGGGGCCAUUAUUCUGUCUCCACAUGACGAUUAGGAUGUGGGCAUCUUUGGGACCAUUAUUCUGUCACCCACAUGGGAUUAGGACGUGUGCAUCUUUGGGACGUCCCCUGGGACGCCCUGCCAGGAGUGCUCUGGCUAAACCCGCUCCUCACCGUGUGACACUUUCUGUCCUGCAGCCCCUCUGCAGCUCUCCUCUCUGGUCAGCAUGAAGUCCCUCCUGGUGACAGCCGUUCUCCUCUCUGGGUUGCUGCGUGCUGCAGCCCUCCUGACCGCAGGGGACUCGGGUGGACCAACUGCGGCCCCAGCCUCCAGCCUCAACCUCACGUUCAACUCCAGGACAAUGAAAUUAAGCUGGAACUGCAAAGAAAACACCAGCCUGAGCAGGUGUAUCUUAAUACACAAGAAGGACGGACCCAUCGAAUACAGGCUCAGGAAGAAAGAAUGUUGGUGCACGUUUCGUGAGGUCACGCUACAUGGAGGAGUCACUUUCGAGGUUCACGUGCAGACCAGCCAAGGAGUGUUUCAAGAAACAAUGCCUUAUCCGAACCCCGGCAGACAGGGUUCCGCUGCCCGGAAUUUCUCCUGCAUCAUCUACAACGCGGAUUUCAUGAACUGUAGCUGGGCACGGGGUCCGAACGCCCCCCGCGAUGUCCAGUAUUUUUUGUCCGUACAAGACUCAAAGGGAAGGAGGGAGAUUCGGUGUCCUUAUUACACGCAGGACUUGGGAACCCACGUGGGGUGUCACCUGAACAACCUCACGGGAUUAUCCUCACGCAAUUACUUCCUGGUUACCGGAACCAGCCGAGAAGGCGAGGUCCAGUUCUUCGAUUCACUUUUGGACACGAAUAAAAUAGAACGCUUCGACCCGCCCAGCAACGUCACGGUGACCUGCAACAAGACGCAGUGUGUCGUGCGGUGGAGACAGCCCAGGACACACCAGCGCCUGCACCACCAGGAGCUCAGCUACCAGCUGCACGUGUGCAGAGAGAACUCCCAGCCUGACGCGGAAAACACACUGGUAAGUGAAACCACAGGCCACUCUCAGGACCGCUAGCAUAACCCUAUAGCCUAUGAACAACCCAGAGUUCAACCCCGAAU